AUAAAGCAUAAUUUAAUCUAACCAUUUUUAACUCCUGAGGAUGUGUGUUCUAUUCUAUAAAUAUGAGUUUUGAGUCUCCCCCACAAAUCCAAAUUACAGAACCCCACUCACCUUCUUCCUUUUUGAACUUCCACACUCUCUGUCCUUUCAUCCCAAAGAUUGAAGCUAUGAACACAAAAUCCCCCUUCCUCCUCUCUCUCCUCCUCUUCCUCCUACUCUCCAUUUCCGCCGAAUCCCUCCACCGCCAUACCCCCAACUGCAACCCCUCCGCCGACCGGACCUCCACCCUCCAAGUCUUCCACAUUUUCAGCCCCUGCUCACCCUUCCGCCCCUCCAAGCCUCUGUCCUCGCCAGACAAUGUACUCCAAUUGCAGGCCAAGGACCAAGCCAGGCUCCACUUCCUGUCGUCCCUGGUGGCCCGGAGGUCCGUCGUCCCAAUCGCCUCCGCCCGGCAGCUCAUACAGAGCCCCACCUUCGUGGUCCGGGCCAAGAUAGGCACCCCCGCCCAAACCCUCCUCUUGGCCCUCGAUACCAGCAACGACGCCGCUUGGAUUCCUUGCUCCGGCUGCGUCGGUUGCCCUUCCGCCACCGUCUUCUCCUCCGAUAAGUCCUCCUCCUUCCGCCCCCUCCCCUGCCAAUCCUCUCAAUGCAACCAGGUACCGAACCCGAGUUGCAGCGGCAGCGCGUGCGGUUUCAACCUGACGUAUGGCAGCUCGACGGUGGCAGCGGAUCUGGUUCAAGACAACAUAACUCUGGCCACAGACUCAGUCCCCGGGUACACAUUCGGUUGCAUCACGAAGGCGACGGGUAGUUCAGUACCGCCCCAGGGGCUAUUGGGCUUGGGCCGAGGCCCAUUAUCGCUUUUGGGCCAGAGCCAGAGCUUGUACCAAUCCACAUUCUCCUACUGUCUCCCCAGCUUCAAAUCGGUCAACUUUUCUGGGUCGUUGCGUCUUGGGCCUGUGGCCCAGCCCAUUAGAAUUAAGUACACGCCGCUGCUACGGAACCCCCGGCGGUCGUCCUUGUACUAUGUGAAUUUGAUUGCCAUCAGAGUCGGCCGGAGAAUCGUCGAUAUUCCUCCCUCUGCUCUCGCUUUUAACUCCGUCACCGGCGCCGGCACUAUCAUCGAUUCCGGGACGACGUUCACAAGGCUGGUGGCACCGGCGUACACGGCGGUGAGGGACGAAUUCCGACGAAGAGUGGGCAGAAACAUAACAGUCUCAUCCCUCGGCGGCUUCGAUACUUGCUACACAGUCCCCAUCAUCUCUCCCACCAUAACCUUUAUGUUUGCCGGAAUGAACGUCACUCUUCCGCCGGACAACUUCCUCAUCCACAGCACCGCCGGAUCCACCACCUGCCUCGCCAUGGCUGCCGCCCCCGAUAACGUCAACUCCGCACUCAACGUCAUUGCCAGUAUGCAGCAGCAAAACCACCGCAUUCUCUUCGACAUUCCCAAUUCCCGCCUUGGCGUCGCCCGUGAACGCUGCUCCUCUUAAUACACACGAUGCUUUCGUUGUCAUCUUCGAUUCCGGUGGUUGGUUUUUAGAAUAAGAAUGUUGUGGUGGUAAAGUAGUAAUUUUUAGUUGGUGGUUUCUUAGUGGAGUAAGGAGGAUUUGAACUUCCUACUAAAAAAGAAGUAGUAUAUGUCAUUUACAGUUAAGUAGACUCAUUUUAGCAUUUUGAAUUGGUGUUAAAAAGAGUGAUUUGGAAGAAAUAUAUUAUUUUGUAUGGUUGUGUUUUGUAGUUGUAUCAUUUGGGAUUUGGAAGGUUUUAGCUUAUAUUGUUCAUGUCUUUAAAAGAAAAGCCUUUCUUGGUUUAAUAUUC